UGUUAGCGAUGGUCGUCGUCAGGUAGUUGAGAAAGAGACGAUCUCUCUCACUCUCAGGUCUUUAAGCCCUAAGACUACGAGUCGACUCCGGCAGCCGAACUGUGAAAUGCAGCUGUGAUUUCAAGAACCUUUGAAUACUCUAUCAGAAGGAUCUUUUCGAUAUGGCUUGCUUGCGUAGUAUCAUCACCAAGAGAGCUAAUGUUCUACAGAGACGAGCUUAUCCAUCGUGUGGUCAUCUAAUUCAUGAUGAUAGAGAUGACGACACUAAACCCCGUUCUGAUACAACGAUGAUUCGUAAAGUCUUAGCACGUAAUGGGACUAGUAAUUACAAGCUUAGCUCUAUGUUUGAGGGAAGGCAUUAUUAUCACUCAUUUGCCUCUGGUCCAUUGAGUGGUCUUGGAUUGUCUUCGUGUCGUUAUAUGAGUUCUACACAACCUGAAUGGUCUGAUAAAGUUGAUGGUAUUGACUUCGUGGCUACGGAAGUUGUUCCUGAUGAAAUCGUUGAAGCUUUAACGACGACUAGCCAAGCUGUUCCUGCUGCUGUAAAUGAGGUUGCUAUUGCUGCUGCGGAUUCUGCUUUUCCUGUGGCUGCUUUACAGCAUUUGAUUGAUGGUGUGCAUUCGUUUACGGGCCUGAAUUGGUGGGCUUCAAUAGCUUUGACAACUGUUAUCAUUCGUGGAGUUACAGUUCCCAUUCUUUUGAAUCAGUUGAAGGCUACUUACAAACUCAAUGUUCUGAGGCCGCAACUGGAGGAGUUAAGAAGAGAGAUGAGCACUAAGGCUCAGGAUCCUGAAGCCAUGGCAGAAGGUCAAAGACGGAUGCAAUUAUUGUUUAAAGAACAUGGAGUAACUCCAUUUACCCCCCUCAAAGGACUUAUUAUUCAAGGUCCCAUCUUCAUCAGCUUUUUCUUUGCGAUCAGGAAUAUGGCGGAGAAAGUCCCGUCAUUUAAAACCGGGGGAACUCUUUGGUUUACUGAUCUCACCACUGCAGAUACUACAUAUAUCUUGCCACUUCUCACCGCAGCGACUUUCUUGAUUAUGGUGGAGUCAAACAUGCAGGAAGGUCUUGAAGGCAAUCCAGUGGCUGGAACUAUGAAGAAAUUCUCAAGAAUUAUUGCCUUCCUUUCUAUUCCAGUUUUGAUAGGCAUUGAAAAGGCAUUGUUUUGUUACUGGCUUACCUCCAAUCUGUUUACUCUUGUGUAUGGAUUAACAUUAAGACGUCCUGAUGUGAGGAAGCUCUUGAAUCUCCCAGAUGUUGUCAACUCUUCUACUAGGCAGCCGUCACCGUCUUCAUCUUCGCCUUUGCCAUUUACCUUUCCCGAGCCAAAAGACCAAAGUGUUGCUCAAGAAAAACCUCCUGUGUCCCCCUCCUCCUCCGAGUCAUCUUCAAGUGUUCCAGAUAGAAGAAUCUCACGAAGUUCAGUUCUGAAUCAGAGAAUCAGAAGUCUGGAGAGACAACUCAAGGAUCGAAAGAACAAGAAGUGAGAGAUUCUUUUAUGUCAGGUUUGUUUUGCUAAAGCUAGGCCAAUACUGAAGAAGGAAUAAGUAUCCUCGGGAAAUUAAGAUUUUGAGUUGAAUGACAGUUAUAGGAAAAAUGUCAGUUGAAACUUUGGAUUGAAAUGAAUUAGCUAUAAUAUAUGUACCCUAUGUGGCUAUGUGACACAACAAUCAACCUACAAGAUCGUGUAUACAUCCCUUGGUGGCUAUGUUCCAGGUUUUUCAUCGAGUUCUGCAAAAACAGAGUAAUAACGAAUCAAUUUGAACU